AAUUUCCCUCUUCUUUCCCGCAUUGAGAACUGAGAAAUAAUGAUCCGACGUGCUAGGGCUCUACUCUAAGCGUCACCCCCAAUUCACUGAGACGACACACCGACUGUGACCCGAUGAAACUCGCCGGUCUCAAAUCCGUUGAGAACGCUCACGAAGAGUCUGUAUGGGCGGCGACUUGGAUUCCGGCCACCGACAAUCGCCCUUCCCUCCUCGUCACUGGCUCGCUCGAUGAGACCGUCAAGCUCUGGAAGUCUGACGAACUCGACUUGGACCGCACCAACACUGGCCACUGCCUCGGCGUUGUUUCUGUUGCUGCUCAUCCUUCCGGUUACAUUGCUGCCUCUGCUUCCCUCGACAGCUUUGUUCGCAUCUUUGAGGUCGAUUCCAACUCCACUAUCGCCACUCUUGAGGCGCCGCCUUCUGAGGUCUGGCAAAUGCGCUUCAAUCCCGAGGGUACCAUGUUAGCAGUUGCUGGUGGAGGUAGCGCAUCAAUUAAGAUUUGGGACACAAGCACGUGGAAGCUGGCUGCAACUCUAUCAAUUCCUCGCCCAGAAGGACCUAAGCCCACUGAUAAAACUGCUAGCAAGAAGUUUGUACUUUCAGUAGCAUGGAGCGUUGAUGGGAGGAGACUUGCAUGCGGUUCAAUGGAUGGAACCAUUUCAGUCUUUGAUGUAGCUCGCGCAAAGUUCCUACACCACUUGGAAGGCCACUUCAUGCCAGUGAGAUCCCUUGUGUAUUCGCCUGUUGAGCCACGGCUACUCUUCUCAGCCUCCGACGAUGCCCAUGUGCACAUGUAUGAUGUGGAAGGGAAAACUCUGAUUGGAGCCAUGUCCGGCCAUUCAAGUUGGGUCUUGAGCGUUGAUGCAAGUCCUGAUGGCGCUGCUGUUGCAACAGGUUCUAGCGACAGAACUGUUAGGCUUUGGGAUCUCAACAUGAGGACUGCCGUUCAGACAAUGACUAACCAUAGUGAUCAGGUCUGGGGGGUUGCAUUUCGACCACCUGGUGCUGGCGUUCGGUCUGGUCGACUUGCUAGUGUGUCUGAUGACAAGAGCAUCUCCCUUUAUGAUUAUUCUUGAAGCAGCAGACAGGCAAGGGCUGUUAGUUUUGUUAGAAAGCAAUUGCUGUCCGCUGCUUCAUCUUUAGCUGUUGCCCAAACUAAUCGUUUUAUUUCUAAAUUAAGUUGCUUGUCUUUCGAGUUAUUAUAACAUUAUAACAUGGUGUUAUUAUAUUCAAUGAUAGUAUUCUGUUGUGAA